AUGCCCAGAAGCACCUAUAAAUGCCACAGUCCAAUACCAAACAAGCAACAAACAGUGAGCAGCAUGCAACAGUAUUGUAAGCAUCUUUUGGCCACAACUUUGCUGCUUUUGCUGCAGCAGGUCUAUGGCCAAAAUGCAACUACCAAUUAUUGCCAGCCAGGAUUGUGUUCCAUGCUCAAAAAACACAUUGCCUGCAGGAACAAUGGCGAAUUGGCCAAAGCCUGUCCACCAAAUGCUCAGCUGUUGAAUCUCACCCAGCAUCAGCCUCUGAUUCUCAACGAGCACAAUCUUCUGCGCAAUUUGCUGGCCUCUGGUAAAGUGGAGAACUUGCCGUUGCCAGAGAAGAUGGCCACCAUGCAAUGGAGUGAGGAACUGGAGCAGCUGGCCACACUGAAUGUCAAGCAGUGUGCCCUGAUCUAUGAUCCCUGUCACAACACACUCGAGUUUCGCAAUUCUGGCCAGAAUCUGGCACUGCAGAACAUUAGCACUGCAGUUGAGGUGACGGAUGAGGAGCUGCUCAAGGAGAACAUAGAUCGCUGGUGGGAACAGCAUAAUAAUGUCACCCGACAGCGAGUAGCCAAGUAUCCCAAGGAGACCAAGAUCAGCGAUUUUAUACGCAACUUUGCUCUCAUGGCUCGGGAUAACAACACCUACGUGGGCUGUGCUGCCAUGAGAUACACCAAGAAUUUUCUCCAGCACUUCCUGCUGGCCUGCAAUUACGCCAGCAACCCAGUUGCCGAGUAUCCAAUUUACAGAAUCAAGAGUCGUGGCUGCCAGAACGGACAUGACAAGUUUUACCCGGCACUUUGCAAGGCAGGCGAACAGUACAGAGAGGUUGAGCCCCUGGAGCCCAACAAGUGGCCCAAAUAGGGGAAAUACUUUUGCAUAUGUGCAUGAAAUAUUUAUGAAUAAAGUGCAGCCUGCUAUUGACGGCAAACAUUACUCUUAAAGGCAACAAACAA